GAGUGAAAGCGCCAGAUGCAAGAGUUUCUCCACCAGCAGCUGAAGGCCCUAGCGAUUCCUUGCCUGAAGCUGGGGCUGUUGCCGAAGGAGUGAAAGCACUAGAUGCAGGAGUUUCUCUACCAAAAGCAGCUGAAGGCCCAGCGCCAGAAUCAGAAGGAGGUGCUAGUGCGAAGGUUAAUGUGGAAAAGGCCAAAACGGGCCGUUCAGUGUGUAGAACUUGUGGAGGUGGUAUCGACAAAGAUUCCGUUCGCUGUGGCUUACAAG